AUGCAGUUUAACUUCGUUCUGCUCCUGGCGUUGACGCGCCUUCUCACAGCCGAAACCAACGACUCCAGCGACGACGUGGUUCCUAGAUGGUCAACAUACAAGAACCCGUCGUACGUAGCCACGAUCAAGCCGGCUAGUGAGGAAGAUGUCCAGAAUAUCGUGAUGCAAAAUGCCGUGAAUAUCGAUCUGAACAACCUAAAAUCGAUUGACCUGGACCUCGCGAACAACUUGGUGACCAUAGGUAGUGGGGUAGAGAAUGCCCAGGUCUAUGACCUUUUGUCUUCUGUUGGAAAGGAAACUCCCCUUACUGAUGACCGCUGCGUUAAUUCGGUCGGUCCAAUGCUUGGAGGUGGGCUUGGUGUACUUUACGGUAUCCAUGGGCUACUGCUUGACGCCCUUGUGUCUGUUCGCCUUGUGACAGCUUCUGGGGACGCAAUUACAGUAUCUAGCACUGAAAACCCGGACCUUUUUUGGGCCAUUCGUGGCGCCGGUGCUAACUUUGGCGUUGUCACAUCUGCUACUUACCAGUUAUACGACCAAUCCAAUGACGGGACUCGUAUUUCUGCCGACUUCAAACACUCGCCGGCGAGUAAUCGCUCCGUGAUUGAGUUAUUUCACACCAUGGAUGAUGAAUUUGCUCCGGAGCUUUAUACGAGUUUGAGGAUCAGCUACAACCGUACCAUCCAUCAGGUGACUAUUCUUCUAUUCCCCUCAAUUUCUUCGACGCUCUCAUUCGUUGGCUCUCCAUCAGCUGCCCAGCCGUGGAUCGACAAGUUCCUAGCACUAGAUCCAAUCGAAGCGUCUAUCAAAAUCAUCCCUUGGCACCAAAAGGAUGAACCGGAAGAGCCUCUCUGUGCGAGGGGAGACCAUUACAGCGUCUACGAUAUUGGUCUUCGCCAAACAGACCCGGCAGUAAUGGAGGCAUAUUUGAAUAAUCUCACAGAAUUCUCUGCGUCAAACAUCUGGUUUGACGGCACGAUGGUGAUGGAACGACAUGCUACGGACGCUGUCCUGGCGAUACCAGAGAGCAAAAGGGGGGUGUACCCAUGGCGUGAUACCAAAUUCGACGUGUAUUUCUUGACAAAAACUCCGAGUGCAGAGUAUGACGAUACCGUGGAUGCCUUCAUAAAGCCCAUUAGACAAGAAUUCCAAGACACAAUGGGCUUUGACACAAUGCAUGUAUAUGUCAACCAGGCUUUCGGCGACGAAGGCCCCGUUUCUUGGUAUGGAGCGCAUAACCUGCCGAGAUUAGUCGCCUUGAAGCAACAAUGGGAUCCGGAUAAUAAAUUCGGAGCUGGUUGUCCAGUGCCACUGAGCCUUGGCUAGCCUUUCUGGGCCAAGGGAGUGCUUCUUGAUUGAGCUACGCAACCUGCGUGCUCUGGACAUCCUGAGGACAACUCAAGUUUCAUCGUUUUGCUUCAG